GGGAGCCCAGCGCGGCGAGCCCUCGCCCUGCGGCCCGCGCCCCGGGGCUGCGUUUCCGGGGCCUCGGCCGCAGCAGCCGCGGUGGGAAGCUGGCUGAGGACAGCGAGGCCCGGAGACCAGGUCGAGGAGAACCUCAGAUCGGGAGAGUCCGGGCUCGGCGGGCACGCGUCCAGGCGCCCGGGCUUCAGCGGCCGCGAUGCUGCCAGCAGCGCCAGGCUGGGCGCGCGGGAGCUGCGAGCAGCCUGCAGGCGGCUCAGCGCCCCCAGAAAAUGCAAAAGACAUCAUCAUGAUAUAUGAAGGAGAUGCUGAGGAAUGGGCUCUGUACUUGAGCGAAGUUUUCUCACAUGUUGUGAAAACGGAAGCAACCCUUUUAUAUUGCUUGGAGAAUUGCUCUCUUCGGGAUUUGGAAUUGCUGAAUUUAAACUCCUACAAGUGCAAACUUUUGAUAUUAUCAAAUAGCCUGAUUGAAAACCUAUCUCCAAAGAAAGGUCAAUUUCUGAAAAACAUACUUCAUUCACCAGAAAGUGUGGUCACUCUGCUGUGUGGGAUGAAGAGUUCAGAUCAACUCUACAAAUUAUUAAAUAUCUCUCGAAGCAGAUGGGAGAUCUCAACUGAGCAGGAGCCUGAAGACUACAUCUCUGUAAUUGAGAGUAUCAUAUUCGGAGGUUCUGCGGACUACCUGGAGAUCAUUAUUUCACCAGACCUAAGAAAGGAACAUUCUGGGCAAAUCAGUGAGAGAAAGGAAGUUGAAGAAUUAUCAGAAGCUUCAGGAAGCACCAUACCACAGGCAGUGGUGCUUCCUGCUGAGAUUCCAUGUGAGAAUCCUGGUGAAAUAUUUAUUAUUUUGAGAGAUGAAGUAACCAGUGAUGCUGUGGAGGUUGAAUUUACAUCAAAUAGUAAAUGCAUUAGAACACAGCCAGCCCUCUGGAAUAAAAGUGUCUGGAGUAUGAAAGCUUUAGAUUUUCCUGCUGGCUCUGUAAGUGUUGAUGUCUACUGUGAUGGAAUCAUUAAGGCCACAGCAGAGAUUAAAUACUAUACAACCCCGAAGGCUAUGAAAUGCCUGUUGGGAGCGGCAGGUCCAAGAGAUGGUGUGUACCAGAAUGACAUUGAUGAACUUGACGAUAUUCUCACAUCCACAUUCAAACAUGAGAUACCAUUCUAUGAAUUCCAAUCACUCCAAACUGAAAUCUGCCCUCAAAAAGAACAUUCUUAUUUCAAAGAACUUCCAACUCUUCUCCACUGUGCAGCAAAAUUUGGGUUAAAGAACUUGGCUGUUCAUUUGCUUCAAUGUUCAGGAGCAACCAGGGCAUCUAAGAUAAAAAAUUCGGAAGGUUCAGAUCCAGCACAUAUUGCUGAAAGGCAUGGUCAUGAAGAACUCAAGAAAAUCUUUGAAGACUUUUCAAUCCAAGAAGUUAGCAGAGAUAAUGAGCAAGAAAGUCACCAUGAAGAGGGUAUUACCUCAUUUUCCACAUGUUCUCCUACCUUACAGAGCCCAGCUCUCCACCAUCAAAGCUGGCUUUACAGGCAGACGGCAGAAGAAGCCAAAGUGAAUGAAAUGGCAGAGGAAGAAAAAGAGCAUGAAUCAGGCAUGGAGGCAGAGCACAGUCCUCCAGAGGUUGACAGUGAAAGUGAGAACCAGUACGAUGACUUGUAUGUGUUCAUUCCUGGAGACAACUCUGAAAAUAAUUCCCAAGAGCCCCUCGUGUGUCCUAGACCACCUCUCCCCCCACCACGACCUGUAACUACUGCCUUCCAACUGGAAAAACCUCACUUCCCAGUACAAGCAGGGAAAUUGUUGGAAGGCCAAAUGGAAAGAAGUCAAAGUUGGUGUGAUUUCAGUGCAAGAUAUGAAACAGGAAGUGAUUCCGAAGAAGAGAAGAAAGAAGAUGAAAAGGAUCAGGAAGAGGAGGAAGACCCAUACACUUUUGCUGAGAUUGAUGACAGUGAAUAUGACACAAUCCUGGCCAAUAGGAGUAUAAAGAAAAAAAUUGGAAGUCGUUCAUUCAUUAUGAACAGACCUCCUGCCCCCACACCACGACCCACAAAUAUCCCUCCGAAAGAGGAAACUACACCUUACAUAGCGCAAGUCUUUCAACAGAAGGCUGCCAGAAGACAAUCUGAUAGUGACAAGUUCCAUGGUCCUAAGAAACAAGACAGAGGUCGGAUGGAGAGUCAGACCUUCUCCACCGUAAGGGACUGCCUCGCUGCGGGACAGGAGGAGCUCAUCCUGCUGCAGGAGAAAGUCAAGAAUGGGAAACUCUCUGUGGACGAAGCCCUGGAGAAGUUUAAACACUGGCAGAUGGGAAAGACUGGCCUGGAGCUAAUUCAGCAGGAAAAACUACGCCAACUACGAGAUUGCAUUGUUGGGAAAAGGCCAGAAGAAGAAAAUGUCUACAAUAAGCUCACCAUUGUGCACCAUCCAAAUGGUAACGAAAGUGUCCACAGUGAAAGUAUGUUAUAUAACAUACCCUUUGGCAGUAAGCUUCCUGCUCGACCCCAGGUGGAAAAAGAUUUUGGUUUCUGUUGCAGGAAAGAUCACUAAAGAUGGUUAUUAUAAUGAAACUCAAGAAUCUGCAGACACUUUCUGGGUGAAGCAAGCUUGCAUUUGGAUUGCCUGCUGUCUCAGGACAAAUCUUUGCUAUGAAAGCAGAAGCAAGUUUUGAAUUUCAGAAUGUUAUUGCCACAGUUUAUUGGCAUUGUACCUGCUUCAAAUGAGCAUAUCAAGAUUAAGUUUGAAUGCUAUAGAGCAGUUGCAUUCUUUGAAAAUUCUUGCAUUUUACCAGGCACUUUGCCUGUGAAGCAGGUAUUUCCAAUUUUUAAAAUUAAAAACAAGAGCAGAGAAGUUAAAUGCUCUGUAGCAAAGUUAUUGGGCCUAUUUAAGGGGCUAACCUUAUAGUUUACUCCUCCUACACUGAGAAUAAACAUAGAAAAAUACAAAUUUGUUUUAUACAUAUUGGUUUUUCCAGUGGAUAAUCUAUUUUCUGAAUUUCUCACAUUCAAAACUCUAAUUGUUAUUAUCAGAUCGUGCUUACAGCAACCUUCCAUUUUUCAGAACCUGUUUGCAUAUAACCUUGAGAAUAUUAUUUUUUUAACUUUCUAUAUCUCAAAUUAACAUACAUUUUCACAACCUAUAUUCUUUAUUAACAGGCCUACAAUUUCAUCAACCAAUUUCUUAGAAGCAAUUUAUGAACUUAAAAUAGAAUGCAGUUUUACCAUUCUAUGAUUUCUGCCCACAGUUGCUACAAAUAAAAUGAAUGUUUAAAGCUG